AUGAAGCGCGGCCAAGGACGAUCUGCUGGCGGCAGCCGUCCAGCCUUUGGCGGCGCUGGCUUCGCUGCCUUUGGCGGCCAGGGUUCUGGCAGCUCCCUCUCGUAUCUCGCCGAGCCGCCCUCGUUUGCCGCUGUGGCAGAUCCAAACCUUGUCGUCUCGCUCAAGAAUGUCAUGAAAAAGGACAGCACGACCAAGACCAAGGCGCUCGAUGAGCUGCUGGCCCAUGUCCAGGCGAACCCCCACGACAAGGAUGGCGGGGUAGAGGAUGCCCUUCUUGACAUAUGGACGCAAUUGUACCCGCGUGCCUCCAUCGACAAUGCCCGCCGCGUUCGGGAGCAGUCUCACCACUUACAGCUCGAGCUGAUGAAGUCGGCGCGCAAGCGCAUGGAGCGCCACAUUCCCAAGGUUGUCGGCGCAUGGCUUGCUGGUCUCUAUGAUCGCGACCGCGCCGUUUCUCGCGCCGCCAGCGAUGGUCUCGGCUCCUUUCUCACGACUCCCGAAAAGGGAGACGCCUUUUGGAAAAAGUGCCACUUUCAGAUCCUGGCAUUUGCUCUCGAGGCCAUUCAGGAGACGCAGGAUAGCUUGAGCGAUGAACGCUCCACCACCAAGGAAGAUGCCGAGGCAAAAUACUUCCGCGUCAUCAACGCGAGUCUGUCACUUAUUCUGCGGCUUCUCCAACGGAUGGACGACGCCGACAUCGACCGCUAUCGGGACAGCUACGACGAAUACUUUGCUACCGACGCUGUCUGGAAGAGCAUCACUGCCGCCGAUGCGUCGGUGCGCAGAAGCACUUGCCAGAUUCUCGUUUUGUGCCUUGAUCGCAAACUGCCUUACGCAGACUCGGUGGAGUGCAGACAGGCUAUUCUCACCGGCGGCCUCAAGACUUCACAGGUUGGGUCUGCGAAUGAGUACAUCCUCGCCCUGGUGAGACUCAGCAAAGAGCACCCGGAUAUUUGGGAGGCUCCUGCUAAGAGCAAAAAGUCCCCUGUUUCACGACUAUAUACAUUCAUUGCCAAGGGCUCACAGGGUAGCCGGGCAAGCUUCUGGGAAUCUCUUGACGCUCUGCUCUCCCUCCUACCGCGCAGCGACGUCACCCUAGAAUCGGAAUCUGAGCUGCUCACUUCUCUACGCUCCGGCAUCGAACACCGAGAAGAACCCCGUGCCAGCGCACAGCUCGGUUGGAAGUGCUACUCUAAUACGAUCCAGCGAGCGCUCAAGUCCUUGAAUGAAGACGAUGCCCGCGAAUUAGCCAAAACUCACGCAUUCAACUUGUUCGAACACUUCCUCUUUCCUCCCUCUACUCGAGCCUCAUCCAUUGACCUAUCUACCCUUGGCAACAUCUACUGCGCUGUAGCUGGCUCGUCUCCUGCGCUUGCCUCUGCUAUGGAAGACGAACUCGCCCGACUCGCUGCUGCAUUCUGCACACACCUGACCGGCUCUCUUCCCGGGGUUUCGAAAGAGUACCAAAGUUCUCAGGAAAAGGUCGGGCAGGAGGGCCGCCGCUGGUUUUUGCUCAUCAAGGAACUGUACCAUCGCUCUGAGACAGACAGCCUGCCCGGGCUGGCAGAGCAGCCUUCUCUGACCAUAAUUUCUCAGUGCAUAUCUCUGCUCGAAAGUCGAAAUAUGAAGCCAUUUGGAGCUGCGACAGCCUUGAAGGAAGCUCUCUCCUCUGCACCCCAUCUGUUUUCUGCGGAUGCCGGCGUCGGUCUCUCCAACUUUCUGCUCGCUGCUGCAGAAGACUACAUGGACAAACUGGUCGAGUCAUCCUCGGCGCCAAUUCUCUUGACAUGCUUGGACCUGUCGUCUUCCGUUGAAAAGCUCAAUACGCAGUAUAGAUCCACCUGGCACGCCUGGGUAACGGAAACGAUGUUGCUACCACCAAGCGAGAAGCGUAGCGAGGUUUUGGAGGGCUUGAUCUCACAAAGAGCAGCUUCAGAAUUUGCGCAGUCGCACCAGGCUGUGCAGGCUCAUAUUCUAGAGCAAGCAACGGCAGUCGCCGAUGGUGCCGGUGGCAGCAAGAAUCUGUUGUCGGCGGCCGUCAACUCCGGCGCCCUUUCUCGCGACAAUUUACUGAUCCUUGUCAGACAUGCUGUGGACGUGUUGCAGAAGAAACCGAGCGAAGAGCCUCUAGAUAUCUUGGUCAUUGUGGCCGGUGGAAUUCCAAAGCUGCUGUCUGAAGAUGACAAUCUGCACACCUCGAUAGUUGCUGUCUUGCUUGGUAUGUCUGAGCUUGAUGGUGAUGCCUUUAUUUCUAGCAAGGCGGCCAAGGUCCGCGCUCUCAUGGAUCAACAUACCGAUGGCAACCUGCCUACAGUGGGCAUUAUACUGUCUAAUCUCGAACGUGCAAACCGCCAAUCUCUCGACAUCGAAACCCUUGUCAAGCAGGCCAAGGAGGCUAGCUCUACAGUCGAGUCUCUAGAAGACUUGCUUCCCAGCACCAACGUCUGGAUGGAGCAGCUCAAGCCAUUCCUCCAGGCGCACAUCGACCCCGUUCUCUCCAUCAGCAGUCCGAUCAGCGGCGCUACCCUCUUGUCCAACUCAUCUUCCAGUCUUUCCAAAGACACGUUCCGGGUGCCUCGUGACCGACGAGGGCGCUCUAUUCCUGCCAGGAUGGCUCUUUAUUUGUCGCUGCUGACUGCCGAGGGUAUUGAUCUGUCUAAAAUCUCAUCGCAGUUUUCUGUCGAGCUUUUGUAUCUCCAGUGCAUUACUGUGCAGCUCAUCUCUGACCAGAUUACGCUCCGCGGCACCAAUGGUCUCUUCUUCAAUCUCGAAGGUGAAGAAGGCAUGCGCGAGGCAGACACCAUCAUUACCUCUCUCCGGUCAUUUUUCAACAACUAUACAUCAGAAAAGGAAUGGUGGGUGGCGGGCAGGGGUGACUCGGAAACAGAAAUGGUUCGCCAACUGGCCAGUCUUCUCCUCGCGCAGUCAAGGUCUCUCUCGGCUUCGGCCAUUUACAGUGCCCGGGCUCUGAGCGAGCUUCUUCAGGCGACUGCCGAGGCGCAAGGGUUGUCCGUCUCUCUAGAAGAACACUUUGUCAAGCCCGAACAUCUCAAAACCACACCCGACACUGUCCUCGUCAGCGCCGCCAUCCUGUCCGGACUUGGCGAGCCACUGCAGGCGUCGAAGCAAAUCAGCAACUUUUGCAACCGCCUUGUUAGCGACGUGGCUGGGGCGGCUGCUGAUGGCGAAAAAACUAAGUCGAUCUUGUCCCUUCUCACGCUCUGCUCCCGGCUGUACGAACCUGGCGGGUUGCCUGUUGCGAACAACCGCAUCGUGUUUGCAGUGCGCCAGAUCACUAGCUGGUUCGAGGAGCCGGCGCUCAUGGACGCAGAAACGUCCACCGAGGCCUGCCGCUCCCUCAUCAGCCUGCUUCCUUGCAUGAAGGACGUGUACGGCUCGUACUGGGAGAGGACGGCCACGUUUUGCCUGGCCACGUGGCGCAACGAAUUCGAAUAUAACCUUGGCAGUCUUUUGCCGCUAGUGCACGCCUCACUGAAACUGGGACGGGUUCUCGAGACCAUCUCGGAGCCGAAUGAUGACCUGGAAGACGCGCUCAGAGACUUCGCCAGCGACAAGCCAUCAGCUUUGGUGGAGCUUCUCAAGCUCCUCCGUGACGUGGAAGCCCCUGCAGCCAAGAUUGUGACUGCUGUUUUAUCAAGAGAGGUGGACAAGAUUUCAGUACACCAGACUCCGGAACUGGAUGACCUAUAUCCCUUGGUGGCUUCAGAAUCACGAGAUAUUCAAACAGCUGCUUUUGGCUUGCUGCACCGAGCUAUCCCAGUGCAGCAAGAACAGGUGUCUGUCGACAUACUGUUGGAUCAGACCGACGCCCGACUACCCGACGAGCUACUAUCACUGCUACUGGACGCCCCAACUCUGGAGAGCUACUCGGACGACGGCCUCGCUCGAUUUCCGCAGGCGGUUCGCUGCUACUUGCUAUCCUGGAAGCUCGUGUUUGACGCGUUCUCGGGUGCCUCGUUUCAAGUACGAAACGACUUUACGGAGAAUUUAAAGACGGACAACUAUGUCAGCCCGCUGCUAGACUUUACAUUUGACGUACUCGGGCACUCGGCCGCGCACGCCAUCAACCUGGACAAGGAGGGCUUCUCGUCCGAUCACAUUUACAACUACGACGUCAAGCUAGCCGACACGGACACGGACACGGAAGAAAAGAGCAUGCAGUGGCUUUUGGUGCACCUGUACUACCUGGUUCUCAAGUAUACCCCCGGCCUGUUUCGGACGUGGUACAUGGACUGCCGCUCCAAGCAGACGCGCAUCGCCGUCGAGGCCUGGACGACGCGGUACUACUCGCCGCUCAUCAUCGGCGACAACCUAGACGUGGUGCAGCAGUGGGCGGACUCCCAGGAAGCGCCGACGGCCGACGAGCAGGAGUUGCAGGUGCGCGUGUCCAAGUCGGCGCGCGAGGUGACGGCAGGAUACGACGUGGACGAGGCGCAGGCGUCCAUUGUCAUCCGGGUACCGGCGAGCUACCCCAUCGAGGGCGUCACGGUGGCGAGUCUGAAUCGUGUGGCUGUGACGGAACGCAAGUGGCAGGCCUGGAUCAUGACAACGCAGGGCGUCAUCACAUUUUCCAACGGAAACAUCAUCGACGGCCUCCAGGUCUUCAAGCGCAACAUUGUAGGCGCGCUCCGCGGUCAUUCCGAGUGCGCCAUCUGCUACAGCAUUGUCUCGGCGGACAAGCGCAUUCCGGACAAGCGCUGCACCACGUGCAAGAAUCUCUUCCAUAGGACCUGUCUGUACAAGUGGUUCCAGAGCAGCAACCAAAACACGUGUCCGCUGUGCAGGAACCCAAUCGACUAUUUGGGCGCGGACACGCAAAAGAGGAGACAGUAA